UUGGGAAUGCCUCUUGGGCCCACGGGUACUUCCGGUUCAAUGAGUUCUGGGCAGUCUACAAGUCAAAUGGCGGGCUCGCAGUUAAGCCCGUUGACCCCACGCGGCAGGGAGCUCUUAGAGCUCCAACAAGUCGAAAGGAUCCGCGAGCGGUUAGAGAGGGAACUGAAGCAAGCAACCGAUAGAGAAAGAGAAAUUAAAAAUAGAACAGCCAGGCUUGAUACGUUAGAGGCAGACAAAGCUGCACUAGAGGGUUUGGAUGAGUCAGCCUUGUCUGACCAAAUGAAAGUACUGAAGAGCAAUAUGUUGUCAUUGCAUGCGCAUGUGGACAGCAGACUGGACUUUAUGCAGAACUCUCUAGACCAGAUCUUGGACCUUUUGCAAAGGCCAGGAUUUAGGCCAGCAGCACAGUCGCCGUUGCCGUUAACGGCGAUGUCAGGCCCCUUUCCAGUACAAGCUGGCACACAGCCAAGUGGUACGUCUGCAGCAGUCUCACAGACUGUUGCUUCUUUUUCUUCUGGGUCAGCGAUGGUAGCUACACCACCGCAACAACCUGUUCCUCAGCAGGGACAACAGCAAGGUCAAUGGUACCCUAAGACCCCUAUGAAACCGCCCCUUGCCUUCUUAGGCGAGAAGAAGGACGAGGAACUCAACACAUGGUUGAGAACGGUUCCAGUAUGGGUAAAGGCGAAGAGGACUUUGCAGGAGGAGGAGGUGAUUACUGCUGCAUCUUACCUUGAGGGUAAGGCAGCCAAAUGGCUGGAUGGUUUAGUUUCAAAGGCMGGGUACGRACGACGYAUGGCRGACUGGGCUAAGACCAUURCGUUAGACYARUUCUUAGAAAUGGUAGAAGCUCGUUGGCACAAUCCACAGCAGGCACAAAUUGCCACUGAUGCGAUAAACAGACUAGACCAAAGAAAGUUCAAGUCAGUCAGGGAGAUUACGACUACCGUAAAAAGCCUCAUCGUUGUUCCUGGCAUAAACUACGAUGACCAGUUCUUGUUGACCACGUUUGCGAGAUGUCUCCCAGAGAAUCUCAGAAAUUUGCUGGCCAGCGAGGCUCGCCUAGAGUAUCACUCAUUUGCGACCUUGUCUAGAAAAGCCUUAGAUUUAGAGGCCACUCUAGGAAGUGCUCAACCUACUUCAGUUGACGUGAAGAAGAAGAGGAGUCCACAGGAAUGGAGAAAGAAGGGGAGCAAGUUGAUGAUGGUUGAGUCCGAUGGGACUCAAACUGAGAUCGAGGAGCUCAUUGACCUGCUGGACUAUUCAGAGUACGACGGCGAGGAGAUCGCUGAGGGUAGCACUCUCGCCGCAGUAGAUGGGAAGAAGUUGAGACCGAUUGAGUACAUGAGCAAGAAAAUGCCAUCAAAGAAACUGGCAACCGGGUGUAAAAGAGGAGCAGGCGGCAAGAGGAAAAAAUUGGAGGACGAGAUGAUGAGGAUUCAGCAGGAGGAGGAAGAAAAGAGAAAGGCUGCCGAAGAGGAAGCAGCAGCAGAAGAAAAUAAAGAGAGAAGAUGUAUAGAAGAGAGAGGAGAAAGUAGUGGCACGACAAAUGAGGAUGCCGCAAUGGAGAAAAAGAUAAGUGAGUGGAUCGCUAAUUUAUCGUUGGGGGAAGACGAGGAGGCAGAGUUUUAUGUGCCUCGGGAUGAGAGAGAUGCAUUAGCCAGUGAGCUAGCGACUAUGGAGGACCCUCUGGAAUGGCGAGAAAGAGAAGAAGAGAAGAAGUUGGAGUGGAAACUGAGGAUGAAGAGGGAGAAGAAGAGGAGGAGGGACGAAGUUCAUAGGCUGACCGGGGAAGUGGCAAAAAUGAGAGAUUGUAGACAGGAAGUGCAGGCGCAGACAGACAUGUCUGCCAAGAUGGAUAAGGUGCUGGGUUAUGUGGAAGUGUUGAGUGUGGCCUGGUUGGAGGAGCGCCAAGCCAAUAGGGGUCAGGAUGUGGCCCUGAGUGCCAUGCGGUCAGGAUUUAGAGACUUCGCGCGCGAGAUGGUCACCCACGUUGGAGGCGAAAUUAGACGACUGAGAGACAGCAUGGGGAAGUCCUGCGAGGGCGCCAUCGAGGGCGGCAAAGCAAUAGCCGCUGUAGAGGGUGAAGCCAGGCCCCGUAAAGAGCCUGUCAAGCUUAAAUUCCCAGAUGCAUACAAGGGAAAGGAGGAGGAGAAUUUUGAUAAUUGGGAGGCAAGCGUCAAUAGCUACGUGUACCUACAACACAUCUUGACUGAGGAGCAAGUCCUCGUCGCCUUCUAGGCCCUUGAAGAUGAAGUGGCCUGUUUUGCCAGAUCUCUUGUGCGCGCAGCGAGUUGCGAAAACAACAUGGUUGCAUAUUCUAAGAUCACCACCCUUCCUCAAUUCUUCAAAUCCUGAGGGAGAGAUUUGCUGACCCAACGAGAGGCGUUAGAGCCUCUGACAAGU